AAAUAGAAAAAUCAGAAGAAUGAUAUUGCUGCAACAUUUAAGCCAGCGAAUUGCAAUGACAUAUUGAUUUUUAUUAAUUAACCCCAACAAGCGACCGAAGUUGGACCGAUUUCCUUGGUCUAAUCAUGGAGGACUGUCCAAAGAAUAAUGGCGACGAAUGCAGUCGAUGUGUACGUCAAGUUGCCCACGGGAAGGACCACUACACUGAGUCUGCCCCCGGAUAGCACCGUCAGGGAGAUACAGCAGCACGUGGGUCGCGAGGAGGGCGUCCCUCACGACAGAGUCGUCCUCAAGUAUCAGGGAAAGGCCCUGGAGAGCCGCAAGACAGUGGGGUGGUAUGGAAUAAGAGCGGAAACCAUCCUCAAGGCGGAGGUGGUGGUUCCGAAGACCAUCCAGGUGUUCGUCAAACUUCCGGAUGGACGCACUGUUCCGGUCUCCGUCACCUCGACAGAUCCGGUCUCCUCGGUCCUGACAGUCCUGGCUGACAAAGAAGAUUUGGACGCAGAUUCCUAUCACUAUCAUAGCGGUGGAAAGAAGCUUGUAGUCGGAGACCCAUUGUUCCUCCAGGGCGUGUCAGAGGAAAGCACAGUAGAAGCCAAAGAGAUACCGAAAGCCAGCAAAUUAAAUGUUGAUGCCGAGGAACCUUCCGAAGAUAUGAAAGAUGCUGUGUUAUCAAGCUUUGCCGCUGAAGGAAAAAACGUAGAAGUUGUCUUUUCAUUUGAUACGACGGGUAGUAUGGCCAGCUACCUCAACACGGUGCGUGAGAAUUUAGAGGAAACCUGUCGCAGACUUCUUCACGAUAUACCGAAUAUUCGGAUUGGUUUAAUCGCCCAUGGUGACUAUUGUGAUCAAAACGUUUACGUCACCAGGCAGAUAGAUCUGACAUCAGAUGUGCAACAACUUGUCGACUUCGCGAAGGACACACCAAGCACUUGUGGGGGCGACACUCCCGAGUGUUAUGAAUGGAUGCUUCAUAAAGCCAAAUUCAUGGAUUGGUCGGAAGACUCUGCGAAAGCCUUGGUUGUCAUUGGAGACGCUCCACCCCAUCCACCCUCAUACACUGACCAAAACAUCAACUGGUGGAACGAGACAGAGCUGCUGAAGGGUAUGGGGGUCAAGAUAUACGGAGUGCUGUGCAAUAGAUAUGAUGGUCCCGCCAAGCAUUUUUACCAAGAGUUGGCAGAUCAAACCGGCGGAUGUUUCCUCCAUCUCAAUCACUUCAACCUGAUCACCCAGAUGUUCUUAGCAGUGUGUUAUAACGAGUCUGGUGGGGAUCAGCUUGAGGCGUUCACUGAGGAGCUAGAGAAAGAGGGCAAGAUGACUGAGGACACCAAGGUUUUGAUGAAAGAAAUCACCGAGAAGAAGCCGGCGGAGAACAGCGCCGAGUCCUCUAACAUUCGGAGACGGCAUAGCUACGAUUGGUGGAAUGAGGAAGAGAAUUCCGGGAAGCACCCGUCCUAUGUAUACGACGCCGAGAAAGAUGAGUGGAAGGAAAGCGUACAUGCAUCGCCUGGUCCAGCGAAUUUUAUAAGUUCAACCCCUACAGAUAAAAAGGUUAAAAAGAAGCAAAAGUGUGUUAUCAUGUGAUGAGGAGUCCUAUGUACCAGCGUAUGAAACAUGUCAUCAUGAAAUAACUCUACUGCAAAGUUGAAAACCAUGUUGCGUAAUCACGUCAUUACGAAAUCUACGUCAUGGUUCGCUGGUUCCGGACCACGUCACUAGACUGGGUGUUGUACCUCUGCAUCUGAAAAAACGUCAUCAGCCUAGUUUAAGUGCAAUACAAGUUGACCAUUUUAUAGAGAGUACUGAAAAUGAAAAGACUGGUCCCUAAAAUCUAGCACUGUUUGGUUCAGGAAUGUAGCGGGCAGACAGAACUUGUGAUUGAAAAAAAACCGUGCUCUCUCAAUCCAUCAUCAUUUCAACAAAGUACUUGUUUUUGCAUUUCUCUUGAAGCCUUGGUUGUGUUUUUUCUUCAAUUUAUAACAUAUGAUAUAAACUCUUGGAGCCACUGAGUCGUUUCUGAAUACUAUUAACUCCAAUACAUCGGAUUUUACCUUUAAAUUUAGUCCAAAUUCAAUUGUUUGUAAGUUAAGUUAGGUAAAAAUUAUGGAAAUUGAAAAUCUCUGGAUGCCCCUUUUACAUUUAACAGUGAGCGUCAAGGACCCACAUUGCUAAAUGUAGGUCACAAAUAACAAGGAUUCGAAUGGUUUUACCUUGUUCUUAAUGACGUGUGUGCUACCAUAGUGUAGAACUUCAUCCUUUAUAGCUGUCUUUGUUAUAUUUGUGACUUGUGCAGGCUUUUGAUAUAAAAUUGCAAUCAAAGUUUGUGUAAAUACAUGUAUGAUAAAUUUUGUAAUAAAUUUUUAUCAAAGUAA